UCCUAAAGUACUCUACAGUACCUUUUUAUCACUGUUGCAUUGGUCCUAAAGUACCUUUUGUCCGUAUGCCUCACCUUUUGCUGCUUAGGCAAUGCUAGGCGAUUAUCAGUGCGAUUGCCAACCAAGCUAGUGUCAGGCAGGGUAAUCGCCCUGUCUCGACUACUAAUCGCGUCGCGCGCUAAGGAGCGGGGCGUCAGGUUGAUCGAGCAGCAGGCGUCAGGUUAAUUGCGGAGGCCGCAUGGCGGAAAGGCGGCGUGCGGGAGGGCCCCGCCCCCUGUACGUAAGGGGAAAGCGCUCAGCCCUCCCCCGGCUGCUCUCCCCCAGCAGUGCCCUCUUUGGGGGCGGGGAAGGCUCGAGCGCUACCCUCAAGCUAGCUGUUCUUGGGCUUGCUGCCUGCCUCUUCUGCCUGCUUGUACUCGUUAUAGUCGUCCUCUUUGCCCUGCUAAUCAGCAUGAGGUGGUCUUCUGCUGACGUGGCUACCGGGAUGGUAGCAAGAGAGUCAGCGACUGCUAAUCCAGUGAGAGGGAGAAAGGCGCAUAUCGGCCUCGAUCCUUCCAUGACCCAAGGAGCAGCCACCAUCGCUGCAAGCAGUAGCAGGGCCACAACCACAGCUACGGACGACAAUGACAAGAAGGCUAGUAACGAUAAGGAGAAUGCUAGUAACGGGGAUAAGGGGCUCGCCACGGAGAAUGAGGACGAGGAGAAUGAUGACGACGACGAUGGUGGAGGGGGGGUGUCGAACAGGCUGAGGGAAGGCGCGCGGAAGCUUCAGCAGUGGAAGGAGUUUUUUCAAGGGGUGGUUCUGGUGCUGCAUUUUCCGAGGCCAGUGCGGGCAUGGCAGACGCUCGAGUUCUGGCGGCACGUGUACGGGCGGAUCUUCGAACAACUGGUGGCAGUUUCAACUGAUGCAAUUCCGGAGCUCGGGGUUAUUGCGGCCACAAGCACUCCCGCCACCAACACCGACGGCUCCCUCUCCUACACCGCUCUCCCAACCAUUAUGGAGCAGCACGCGUCAGCCACUGGCUUCCUGUGGCUGGACGACGACGCUGUGCUCAACUACUGGGCUAUUGCUGAUGCCCAGCUUGAUAAGACCAAAAUCUGGUUUCUGAAUUCAUCCAACCCCGACCAUAUCCUCGCACUGCCCCUGGACCAGCCGCCCUCCGCACCUCUCCGCACCACUCUGGACCCCGCCGACCUCCCCACCCACCUCUCCUCCUCCCUCUCUCGCCUCUCAGAGUCUCUCAGGGCACAGCUCGACCGCUCCUUAUGGCCGCGCCACCAGGCGUUUCCCCUCUCGGUCUCCCCCUCUUCAGCCUUCUACAUCCCUCAACGCCUGGUAGACUCUGCUGCUCUGCAUGUCAUCCCCGUGUUUGCCGCUGAAUCUAUACCAGCUCAGGUGGCCAUCCCAAUGAUUCUAUUCACUCUUCAACACCCAAAGCAGUACGACUCUCGAGGGUUUGCCGACGCUCGGGUAAUACCGGUACCCCCCACAAGACUGGGGAACAACCAAGAAAGCCAGGAGCAGCAGGAGCAGCAGCAGAGGCAGGGAGGUGGCGUGGGAAUGUACACCACAUUGACUACAGUAGUUAUGCCGUUAGAUGUUACACACCCUGAAGAGAGACACAAGCUGUUGCUGGCCAUGCAUUCUGGGGAUUUAUUGCUCAGUGUGUCACAUUCUGUUUGAAGCGUUUGGCUGAAGUAUUUUAUCUUGCUUGGCGCUGUAUAUUAUGGCAAUAGCAGGUGGCGCUAUACUGUAAUGUGUUGUGAACCUUUCCUAUAGGACCCUUGGCAAUCCCUCCGAGGUUUAGCAAAAGACUAGGGACGACAUAAUAUUGCAUUGAUU